AUGGCUGAACUGUUCGGAAUCCUUGCCGGAGUGGCGGGCUUUGCAUCUCUGUCGGUGCAGAUUGGCGAAGGCAUCACCAAGCUGCGAACUAUUCGCGAUAGCGCAGGCCAGGCUGCGACCGACAUCAGCACCCUCAUCCGUGAACUAGAUCUUUUGACAUAUGUGAUGCAGGACGUUGACGCGCAAACAUCCCUUCGCAACGAUUCUGUCAUUCAACAUUGUCGAGCGGACUGCGACCAAGUUGUCCGAGACUUGAAGUCGCUGUUAACGAAACUUCCACCCACGUCAAGAAGCACUACGAAGACGAAUGUGCUAAAGCUGCUGGCGUUCCGAGACUGGAAAGAGAACGUAGAAAGUCUGCAGCGAAGUAUCCAGGGGGCGAAGGUCAACUUGAUUCUGAUCACUACGUACAGAAACUCGAACCAGCUGAAAGAGCUGGCUCUAGUCAAAAAUCACGAAGAAUCUGUCACCCUGCUCAUUGAAUCUGGAGCCAACAUCAACGUCAGGGACACCCGGUAUGGGCGCGAUUUCCUGGACUACGCCGCCAUCCGUAAACACUGGAAGUUGAUCUACAACUUCCUUGUUCAACUGGAAACCCUUGCCGAGAAAAGCAUCGUGGAGAGCUGGGCCAAAAAGGCAGUCAUUCUGUAUCACAUCGAUUAUCCUGACCACUUUGGAGAACGCGAAAUUUCGCUCCAUCAGCUUUUGAUGAAGUGCAGUUCGGCCAACUUCACUUUCGAUAAAGUGAAGCAGGGUACCAGAGACAAUUGUCUACUGCACUUCGCCACCAGGGUCACGGACUUUGAGGCUUUGCUGAGUAGUGGAUUCAAGCUAUUCCAUCAAAGAAAUAGCGAUGGUCAGACUCCUCUGAUGGUUGCCGCCAAGUCUUUCAAACCUGACUUGGUCAAGAGACUGCUCGACAAUGGGGCCGACUCCGUCAUUCCUGAACAAAAGUGCACGCGAGAAUUGUUAGGCGCUUGGGUGAAUUUUGGCUCUGGUGCAUCAGUCGAGAAAGUCUCGCUGUUCUCCGACUUUUCCACAGCCAGCAUUCUAGACCUGCCCGCUCGUACCGAUAUUGCAGCCGUGUGUCUCCUGCUGAAUCGAUUGGGGUUUGACGUUCCGAGUACUGGCAUUCGCAUGAGACCGCCGGGUUUGGGAGGGUUGGUGUGUGCCAGCAUCCGAGUAGAGGACCCCGAGUUUGCACAAUCCCUCAGCGAUAAAUUCAAAGAUUCCAAAGUCGAAGAACUGUCUGGGAUGCCGGGAUUGAAGGUCGAAGUUCACAAGCCCCCCAACCUCGAUUCUAACAACAAGGGGUUCACCCACAGGGUGAAUUGCAAAAAGGUCAUUUGCUCUUGGCACAAGGCGAAGCAAAUUGCCUGUUUGACCUUCGGCUCCGAUUCAGCAGAAAAUUUGGUCCGUAGCAACUUUGGUACUGGAAAAUACACUGUGCUAGGGUCGAAGGUUUCCUGCGCUCCGAGGUCGAGCACCCUACUACAUCAACGAGGGAGCAGAUUGGGAGGGCGGUAUCUACCCGCUUCGUUACCAAAGUUGAGACUGUACAUCCCAACGCAAGCUACGACGGCCGAUAUCAUUAGCAUGAUUCCUCAGGGCCAGCGACCCAAAGGUGUGAAGCUUGAGGGGCUGCAGGAUUUGGAUAACACCAAGAGCGAGUUUGACAUGGUUGAAGCUCUGCUCGUCAACAUCGGACCAUUGGAGACGAGAUUGACAGCCAAGGCAGACCAGGAUGGCAAUCGAGUCGAGGCGAGGGCUCGUUUCCAAAAUGAAGCCGAUGCUAUUACUGCUGCUAGGUCGCUCAACCUCAAAACACUGCCUUUCAAUAAGGAUGACAGGCUCAGCAUUAGUUUGGUUCAUUGCGCCACAUACAAGGUUACGUGCAAAAUCUUCAGCACGGUUCUUGUAAAUUUCGAGACAACCGCGCAAAUCUUCCGCGCCCAGCGCGUCAACUUCAAGCAAUUUCCGCCGGCAAAUGGCUACGUCACAUUGAGACUGGAGAGCGGAAGAAGAGAUUUUCUCUCGGAAGCCUUGAUAUCCAUGGACAAGAUCCUUGAAGGCCGCUUGGUGUACGCCGCCGAAGGCAAGAAGCCGCUCUGGAGUCCGUCUUUCAACAACAAGGCACUUGCGAAUCGACGGCUUCGACCCAUUGAGGAACAGCACCGAGUGGCGUUUCAGUGCUUCCCGUCCAAAGCCGAGAUUCACGUCUUUGGCUCGUUGGAAGCCACGCAGAAAGCCUGUGACGCAUUGUUACAGUCGUUUAGCGAAAAUCCUUCCACAGUCCGCUCCAUUUUCUUGACCUCUGAGAGUCUACACUGGGCUAUCAGGGGAGGGCUCAAGGCCAUCUGCGAAGCCCUUGGACCUGAAGCUGCAUCCCUGAACAUUCUCGAGACACCCAAAAGGUUGGAGAUUAUAGGUCCCCCAGCUGCAUUCGAUACGGCCAUGGACAUCUUGGACAAAAGACGUUUACCUCGGGAGCAUGAUAGUUCGGCAGCGACCGAAGAUGAUUGUCCGACCAGCGUUGCCAGAUUCGCCAAAAAUCCUCAACUGUCGCGGGUGCUCGAAGAAAAUCUGCCCAUCAUGCCAUGUCGAUCACUGUGGUAG